CGCUCGCACACGCUCGCACACGCUCACGCCCAUACCAUUUGGCGGCGACACCCACAGGCGGAAGUCCCCACACCUCUUUUGAAGCGCGACCCGGGAGCGGUCACUCGCCGCGCUUGGGUAUCUCUCCGUCCUCUUUGACCAUGUUUGGCCAGGGGCGGCAAUCGCACCCUCCCUCUGCGGGAGCCUCCUCACGCAUGUCGCACCAUGGUGGUGGUGGUGGUGGCGGUGGCGGCGGCGGCGGCGGUGGUGGCGGCGGCGGCGGCGGCGGCGGCGGUGGCGGCGGCGGCGGCGGCGGCCGCAAGUCCCACUCUCGGGGCCGACCUCCUCCCAGCAGCCAUGGCCCUGGCGUGCCGGCCUCCGGCAUGCCUGUCGACGCGGGGCUCUUUUUGCGCCUGCGCGACGCGGCUCUCGGAGCGCUGGUUCGCUGGACUCCCCUCUUUGAGGACAUGUCGCAGCAUGGCUUCCGGGCACCGCGCACCGACCCGCUGCGAAACGCCCCAAAGACCCCGGCUGUUGUUCGACCGCCAUUGUCACUGCCAGUCCCCCCGCCAUCGGCCAUUCCGUCGCAGGCAGCCAACUUGCACAUGUACCUGGACAUGGGUCCCUCGGAGUCGGUGCCCAAAGCCUCGGACGCCUUUCUCGGGCGCCUGGAGCGUGCGGUCACUCGAGGCCAGAUCCUGUGCCUGGUGCGCGAGGAGUCCGGCAAGCGCUCGGACAGGGACAAGCGUUCGCGCAAGCGCGGCCACAAUGACCCUGGGCCGCCAGACGCUCCGGUGGCUGCGGGCAUGGGCGGAGGCGUGGGCGCGGCUCUGGCCCGAGCGGCCCUCAACAAUCGCGCCGGUGUGGCAUCCCAGCAUGAUGCCACGGAGGUGUAUCACCUCCGACGCCUGGACUUCGAGUCGAUUGCCUAUUACUGUCUGCUGUGCUUGGAGUCCAGCAUUUAUCCCCCAUUCAACGGCAACUUUGAAACAUAUGUCGGCAUGCGCGGCGCGCAUUCGGGGAUCUCUCGCCUGCGACGAAUCUUUGUCCAAGCUCUGACCCGGAGCUUCGAGCAAUUUGGCCUGCACCCCUUCAACCGGGCUCUCUAUCACAUGCUCUUCACCAAUACCGCUGAGAUCGUCAAGGGCCAUGUGGAUAUUUCGGCCCACCUGUCGGCGGCCGAAACCCCCCUCGGUGAAGCGGUCACCCGGCGCCGGACCAUCCUCUUGAUGGAACUCGUCCAGGCGGCUCCUCUGCUGAUGGGUCGGCUUUUGACCUUCCACCUGGGGUAUCUGGCACUCGCCGAGCGCCGACCGCCCGGGCAUCAGGCCGAUCGGGAAGACUGUUUCCCUGGGCCGGACUUUGGGCCUCGGCCUGGGCUCGCCCAAUCGGUGGGGGCAUUGGCAUACUUGCGAAGCCGCUUCCCCGCGGAGCUGGCCCUGGCUGUGGACUCCCUGUUGGCCGAUGUGGCCCUCUUUGGCCAGCGGCGGCAAAUCAUCGGCAAUGCCUCUUCCGACUUGGGGUUCCUGCUGACCCUGCUGCCGACGACCGGUAGUUUGGUGCAGCUAGCAGCCACACCGGCGGGGCAUCUGGCCGGCAAUCUGCUCGCCGGCUGGCCAGUCGACGGCACGCACGCCGAUGAAGGGACCCCAUCGGCUGUUCCCCUCUCCUUGGGUCCUGUGCUCUUUGGUCUGGCACAUCAGGCCACAGAGUAUCUCCCGAGUCGAGGGCUCGCCGGCCGGCCCGAGGCCUUGAGUUACCUGCUGUCCACGGUAAUUCAGCUGCUGGCCUAUCUGUCAUCAGCGGUGGAGGGUUCGCGAUCCUUCGACUUCUUCCGGCGGUGGCUCUACUUCUCCGACUUGGCUCUACUACUGGGACCGCCGUAUCUUGAGCCAGAGCAUGUGGAGAACUUCCUCCAGGCGACCGUACAGGCCACAUCAUUGGCAUUGCUUGGCCAGUCUGGGCUCGGCGCAUACCUCCUGGAGUCGGCUUUGGCCCCGUCCCCGCUGCUGCUGUCUGCCUCGCCCAAUAUCCUGGUGCGAGUGCGCAACGGUCGACGGAACCUGGUCAUGCAGGUGGUUGAAACGCUUCUCCGUCGUUUGGUGGCCAUUGAUCCGCUUUCCGGCACCAAUAGCCCGGGCGCGGCGGCGGGCAGCCAGCUGUUCCUGCCGCCGGUCGAUGUGUGCAGGCAUCUACAUACGGUCAUUGCGAACUUGCUUCGCGUGUCCCAUACCCCCUACCCAGCAACCGAUGGAGAAGUCGACGAGGCUCUCCAAGCACUGGAUUGCCUGCUGGGCCUGGUCGGAACGGGGUUUUGCUUGUCGGCUCUCGGAUCGGCCCUGCUGACCCGCCAGGCCGGUGCCCUGGCUGGGGAGAUGGUGGCCAUUGUGGCACGGUCGGAUCUUUUGUUGCCAGGCAGUGACGAGCAGCCGCAACAGCAGCACUCCAAGCUGGCCACCGCGUGGUUUCCUCUCUUCUGGCGCUUCCUCUUGACACUCUUCUCAUACCUGGGUCUCUCUGGGCGAGACUUCUUCACUGAGUUCUGUCUGGUCCUCUCGGAGCAAAGUCCCUCCCCAAGGCUGAUCCAGCUGCUGGACCUCCUGCUCUUCGCCGACCCCGACAUCCCUGGCUCGCCCGGGCCCAUGAGCCAAGCCUUGCCGGAAUUCUUCCUGCGCAACCAAUGGCCCCUGCUCUGCCUUCAAGCCUUCACCAAGGCCCGACUUGGUGCGUCCCUUCAUAAGGCCGGCGCUGGACGCGAGGUAAUUUGUGGAUGGCUGGGGCUGCUGGCACGCGGCCUUUCCGCCGCAACCGAACGCACCCCGGGCGCUUCAUGGGGCACGGCCCUCUUUGAGUCCUCCGCUGCCGGGGUCACCGGAACUAUGCUGGCUCGGACUUGGGCUGGGGAAUUGCUGGCCCUCCUGGCGGAGACCGACUCUCUGGAGGCAUUGACCGCUCGAGGGGUGGAUAUUGCCGGAAUCGUCGAGUCGCUGGCCAGUGUGUCGGAAGUUUUCCGUAUGGAAGCCGUACAGGCAGGUCUGUUGUUGCUACUUCCCGCGCGGGUAGGUGACACUGGCGCUCGCGAGCCCUUGGUGGGCACCGGCGCGCCGGCCGAGGGCCCGGAGCUCUACUUCCGGCCGACGGGGUCUUUGGAUCAGAGCGCACCUCUGAGUCCGAUCCAUGCGCCUCUCUCGCCGGCCGGAGCCUGGAACAAUGGCGCCUCAUCUGCCUCAGCCGGGCAAUGGGACGAGCGCAUGCCCGGGUCUACCACGGGCGUCACCCCUUCCACUCCCCGGCCCAAGGAUCGGGGACUGAUGCUCCAGGCCAAUCUUGAUCGCCGGCCAUUCCUGCAGAAGCUGGUCCGCCGGUCGCGCAUGCACCGAGCCGGGCGCGCCGGGGCUUCCACCGGAGGAGGAACCCCCUCCGCAAUGGGGCCGGAUCGAACUGAGCUCCCCGUUCUCGGCUCUGGCACGGCCGGCACAGUGGCCGUCGCCGCUGCGGCGUACCUACACUCGGGGGUGAUCCGACGCCCCGGCUCCGGCGUGCCGCGGGUAGCACGCUUGGCACCGGUGUCCGGCUCGGCUACUCCGGCACCGGUGUCCACAGGCGACAUCUCGCUGGCCGGCUUUUCCGCGGUCGAUGUGCCACCUUCGGGACGACUAACCACGGUGUGCCGACCCUUCCAGCCGGUGGAUGUGGCACUGCUCCGGUGCCUGCGUCGCCUGCUGGCACUGUCCGGCAGCACCGACCGGCCGGGCUUUGCCCAGCAGCAGGUGGCCGACCGCCUGUCACUCUUCAUCUUGUCACACGGUGAUGGCCCCGCGGUGGUGCACUACGCAGCGACCAUCCUGAGCCUGUUGGACUUGCUUCCUCUUGACAUGCUCAUCCAGCCGGAUGGAGGCCUGCCCGCCGGCUUGGUGACCCUGUGCCAGGCAUUUGCGCAGGCCUGGGCCGCAUGGGGUCGAGUGGGGGCUGAAACUGCAAGCCCCCAGGCGCCUCCCGAUGGCCUUGCCAUUUGUACCAUCCGCCUGGUGGGGGUUCUUCGUCGGGCGGGACUGGUCCCCGACAAGCUGGCCUUGGUUGCCGAGGUGGUGCGCGCGCUCAUGGCCAGCGAUCACACGACUCCCGCCGCCGCGGAUGCUCCUCUGGUCCAGGGUGCUCGAUUUUUCAUGCCGGAGCUGGCCCGCGCGCUGGCCCGAGCGGCUUCCGCGGGAGCCGAAGCCCUACUGGACGGCUGCCCGGAGAGCUCCCUGGCCAAUGAGCAAGACCUCUUGCGGAUUGGAGCCUCUUUCUUGGACUCACUCGGGACCUUCGCUGGGCGUCUGUUGGCCUAAAGACAGCAGAUCCCCACAAUACCACUAGAAAUAGAUAUGCACGCAGUGACGCCCGUGUUCCGCC